GCGACCGAGCUCUGGACGCCGCUGGACGAGGCCAAGCUGUCCAACCUCGACGGCCUGCUGGACCAGUUCGUCCACCGCUAUCCCGACGGCCGACUGGCCGGCGUCGGGGCGGUGGCCUGGUACAUCACCCUGGUCAGCAACACCGACGUGAUCGCCGAGGCGCUGCAGACCGGUGAGAUCCCCAUGGGCCAGUACUACCACGACGUCGCCGGCCUGGCCGCGGCGGACGGCUUCCCGGUGCGCUCCACCUUCCCGAAGGAGGGCGGGGUCAACGACUCCGGCUCCUGGGCGGUCAGCAAGGCCUCCGGCAAGGCCGAGCAGGCCCACGUCUUCAUCGACUACAUGUGCCAGCCGGCGGUGCAGGCCGCGCUCUCGCGCAACGUCGGCACGGCGCCGACCCUGCGGCGCGAGCUGCUGGACCUCAGCGAUGCGGAGUUCGCCGCGGUGGCCAGCGAGAUCCCGCCGAUCAUCCCGAACUACCGGAUGUACCUGGAGCGGGGCGACUGGCUGGAGCAGAAGUGGAUCGAGACGAUCACCGGCUGA